AGCAUUAACCUGUGAAGGGUCCCAGCCUAUUGUAAAAUCUAACUUGUGCAUUUGCUUGAUUAUUCUUUUGGGGUGUAACUUUCCUUCCCCGCUCCCCUCUCUUUUGUGACAGGACCCCGCUCUGCAGAACUAGCUGGCCUGGAACUCACUGUGUGAACCAGAUAGCCUUUGUCCGAAAGGAUGGAGUUGGGAAACGGAAAACUGCUUAGGACCGGACUGAACUCGCUGAAUCAGGCGGUGCAUCCAACCCACGGCCUCGCCUGGACGGACGGGAAUCGGGUGGUCAUGACGGAUAUACAGCUUCAUAAUGGAGAGGCCAAGUUUGGGGACUCCCAGGUCUUCGGGAAAUUUGAAUACGUCUGUGGCGUUUCCUGGGCCCCGCUCAGCGCCGUUCACGGACCCACUCUGCUAGCCGUCCAGCAUAAGAAACACGUCACUGUGUGGCAGCUGCGUCCCAGCACCUCGGGAUCAAGCAAAUGGCAGAUGUCUCAGACCUUAGAAAUCAGAGAGUCCCUCCCUCUCCUUCCCCAGGGCUGUGUGUGGCACCCAAAAGAUGCUGUCCUGGCUGUGUUGACGGCACAGGACGCUUCCGUUUUUCCUGACGUUCACAGCGAUGGUUCCAGAGUAAAAGUGGACGUCAACACCAGGGGCCGAAUUUACUGUGCAUGUUGGACCCUGGAUGGCCAGAGGCUGGUGGUGGCGAUAGACAGCAGCCUUCACUCGUACAUAUGGGACAGUGCUCAGAAGUCCCUCCACAGCUGCUCCUUCUGCCCGGUGUUUGACGUGACCCGCCCCAUCCGCGCCAUCACAGCCACCGUGGACUCUCAGGUGGCCAUAGCCACCGAGCUUCCGCUCCACAAGCUUUGUAGCUUAAAUGCGUCCGAAGCCUUUGACGCCCCACCCAGUGGGAGAGAUGCCGGUGUGCGUGCUCUGCCUGUGGGUGAAAUGGCCCCCGGGGAAGGGAGUUCUGGAGUGACAGCUUCUUCCUUUUCAGAUCCUCUGGAUCUGACUCGCAUACAUUUCAACCGAUCCGGAGCGGAGGAGGGUCCUCUUAUUUGUGUAAGAGAAAAGGACUACUUGACAGGAACUGGCCAGGACUCUUCCCAUUUGGUCCUGGUAACCUUUAAGAAAGCAGUUACCAUGACAAAAAGGGUUGCCAUCCCGGGCAUCCUGGUCCCUGACCUCAUAGCAUUUAACUUGAAAGCCCAGCUAGUGGCCGUGGCCGCCAACACGUGCAACGUCGUUCUGAUCUAUUGCGUCACUCCGUCGUCUCUGCCCAACAUCCAGCAAAUUCAGUUAGAGAGUAACGAAAGACCGAAAGGCCUAUGCUUCUUGACAGACAGAUUAUUAUUAAUUUCUGUAGGGAAACCAAAGCCCACCGAAGCCGUGUUCCUUCCUCGUUCAGAAUCUGAUCAGUAUUCCGUUUGCCUGAUAGUUCGAGAAGUAACCCUGGGAAGAGACUCUUCUGGAACGCCGGCUGAAAGUCAGGGUGCUUACUCUGCCUUCAACGCUCAGUUGAAUAAAGCAGACAGAGAAAAGAUGGUUGAGAGCCUCUCCCUGGGGUUGAGACAAGGGCUCUUGCUAACAGCGGACACCAGUGCUCAGAGUGGGAGGUCUGGAAGAGCCCUUAUUCAAGAGAUUGAAAGUCCCUCGUCCCCUCCACCCAGUGAUUCCAUUUUACGGGAAACCCUUCUCAGGCCCUCCUGGCUUUGGCCAGCCUUGCCUAGAUCCAGCUGGACACCGGACCACACCAGCACCCCAGAACCGAAUUUACCUCCAAGAGAGAACUUGGGGAAAGAGAAGGAAGCUGGCCCGCUCUCCAGGGAGCUGGACGUUUUGUCUCGGCACCUGGUCGGAAUGCAGCAGUGUCUUUUUGAACUCAUGGACUCUCUACAGAAGGAGAAGCGGUUCUCUCCAGUGUAUCCCCUCUCUCAGGAUCCUCCCUUCGUUCACCUCAUUUACCAGAAACCCUCUUCUGUAGGUCCUGCGGAAAAAAGGGCCGUGCUUCUCUGCGAUGGGAAGCUGCGGCUCAGCACACUCCAGCAGAUGUUUGGCCUCUAUCUCGUGGAGAUGCUGCACGAGUCCCACUGGAUCCUCCUCUCCGCGGACAGCCAAGGUUUCAUCCCGUUAACUUUCACAGCCUCCCAGACGGUCGUGGUGAGGGAUGGCAGCCUGUCCAAGCCAGAGGUGGCUAGGGACUCUUUCUCACAAUCAGGAUGUCACUCGCACACCUGAAGCCUUUGGAGACCUUGCCACCCAGAGUGUAGAUACAGCUGGCUGUUUGCACAGCCUGGCCUGAUGGCCGUUUUGCAGAGUGCGCGCUCCACCAGCUUCCCCUUGGGGCUGUGUGCUGCUGGGCAGCAGGGCAAAUGGUUGCGUUUGUAUUCAUGACUGUGCCACUUGGAGGAUAGAAUUCCAAGAACAGAACAGCACUCCGCUGCCAUGUGGAUGGUAUUUCGCAACUUCUCUAAGACGGCUUACCCAGCCGGCCGCUGCGUGAUCACCGCCUUAGAGUGCGUCACAGGAUGCGCUGGCACAGUUACCAGCCUUUGUCCUGCUUUAGGUGAGGAGGGGACUGCUGUGGAGCCUGUGCUCCAGCAACACAGCCUUUAAUCCAUUCCCCAGGCAGUAGAAAACCAGUUCCAAAGGAAGCGGAGACCCCACUUCACCCUCAGGACUGCCUGGGUCGGGCAGGAGUUCAGAGGAUGGCCUCCCGCCCAGGAUUUAAGUCCAACCCUUUGGAUUCCGUAAACAGUUCCAGCUGAUGGAAGUCCGGAUACUGCUCAAAAGUGCUCUGGGCAAAUUUUAAAUAAAAUUUCAAGAUUUGACCCCC